CAGUGAUUCUGCGUGGCUUCCUUGUUUCAAAUUUGAACUUGCCGUGACCGCAGCGCUUAUAAAUGAGGGGAUCUGGAACGCGCCCUUUAUUAUACCAAUUCAAACAUCCGGGCACUUAAUCUAUUCAAGGCUGAUAGAAGAUGGCUUCGACAGUCAGAAUUACGUCAACUGCAAAUACACUAAAUUCUAUAGAAAAUCAAACCAGCGACGAGGAUGGCCAGAAUUUAUGGUCCUCUAUUUUGAGUGAGGUAUCGACGCGUUCACGGUCAAAAUUGCCGUCUGGGAAAAAUGUUCUUAUUAUGGGUGAGACGGGGGCAGGGAAGACCACUCUCAUAGCCAAACUGCAGGGAGUUGAAGAAUACAUGAAAGGCAGAGGACUGGAGUACCUGUACUUUAACGUUCACGAUGAUGACAUCGACGAUCAUGCUAUGUGUAACGCAUGGAUUCUGGACGGUGACCUGUACCACAAAGGCCUCCAGAAGUUUGCUGUGUGUGGGGAGAACAUGGCCGACACUAUGGCCCUGCUGGUAGUGGACAUGUCCAGGCCGUGGACGGUGCUGGACUCUCUGCAGAAGUGGGCCAGUGUGCUACGAGAACACAUCGACAAGCUCCGAGUCAACCCAGAGACACUGAGGGACAUGGAACAGAGAUUGGUCCGACAGUUCCAGGAGUACACAGAGCCAGCGGGCGACCACAGCGCCUCUCCCAAGAGGAGGAACCCCGUGGCUGGGGAGGCUGAGGAGGAGUGUGUGGUGCUUCCCUUGGGAGAGAACACACUCACACACAACCUGGGCGUGCCUGUUAUGGUGGUGUGUACAAAGUGUGACACAUUUCUCAGUCUAGAGAAAGAGCAUGACUACCGGGAAGAACACUUUGACUUCAUCCAGUCUCACAUUCGACACUUCUGCCUGCAGUAUGGCGCAGCGCUGCUAUACACGUCAAUGAAGGAAAACAAAAAUCUAGACGUCUUGUAUAAAUACCUGGUCCAUAGAUUAUACGGGUUUCCCUUUGACAUGCUGGCCCAGGUGGUGGACAAAGACUCCCUAUUCAUCCCAUCAGGAUGGGAUAAUGAAAAAAAGGUUGCCAUUUUAUAUGAAAACUUUCAGUCGUUGAAAAGGGAAGACAAGUUUGAGGAGGUUAUCGUCCAGCCUCCUGUUAGAAAGUUUGUACAUGAAAAGGAACUAGGUGCGGAGGAUGACCAAGUGUUUCUCCUAAAGCUUCAGACCCUGUUGUCUAAGCAGCCCCCAGCGGCAGCAGGCAGACCAGUGGACACCACAAACAGAGCACCCACUGGCUCUCCUCGGGUGUCAAAUCGCUCGGCAACAGCAAACGUGGCCAAUGUGAUGCCCAUGCAAACAGGCGGGCAGACCAGUGAGGGCGUGCUGGCUAACUUCUUCAACAGUCUGUUGAGCAAGAAGACCGGGGAAGGGGCGGGGCCAACAACACGCCCAGAACAGUCCGGAAAUCAGCGUCAAAGGUGGACUAGAGGUGAGCCAGAGGCGUCCUCCCCGACCUCAUCCUCACCCCCAGCGAUAUGGAGGAGUCCUGAACCCCCAAACCCUAACCCUCCCUGCCACCACACACUCACACGCACACACACUCGCUGGGUCCUCUCCCUCUUUAGACCCUCGACUGUCAGAUGGAUCAGAAGCUGGACUGGAAACAGAAACAGAGCGCUCUUGGAGCGGUUGCCGUGAGACCGAGCCUUGCAUGCCAAUCCGUUGAAACACCACCAAAGCAAAACAACAUGGACUUACUGAAAACCAUCAAUGUAUUAUAUAGAAGAUAAGCUCACAGGAUAUUGGAGGGAAAUGGAGUAAGUCUGACUCGAUGUUGCUUUAUUUUCGAGCAACAUUAAAAUGAGAGGAACUGGAUAUCUUGCGGGUGGUCUUGAAGCCACUGUGACAAGUGCACAUCKUUGAUGUCACUCUGAGCACUGUGGCUGUCUGCGAGGAUGUUUUCAAAGUGGAGGAGAUUGAUGUUUGCCAUUUGUGAAGAUGGGUCUUUGGUAGACACCAGUUCCAUUGUUAUGAUGUCAUAAUGCACUGGAACGCUGAUGGAUGAAGACUGCUGUACAAUCAGGCAGAAUGAUUGAAAUAGUGUUUUAGUGCUUAUAAUGGUCAUAAUCAAGGGUUCUGUUAGAACUCAAGAAUCCAGAGUCAAGGAUGAUGCUCUAAAACCAGGGAAAUUAAUUUUAUUUUUUACUUGUGUGUUCAUUUGUUUGGAUUAGGGAAUAGGCAGACCACUGGAGUGUUUUAGUGGCAUAGGGGAAUCAUCUAUCACAAUCUUAAAAGUAGUCAAGUUCUCAUGAACUAUUCAACUGUUAAAUCUGCCAUUAUUCAAUAAAGCUGUAUUACUAAUCAGGACUCUG